AUGAUGAUUCGUUUCCCCUGUAUCUUGGUUGCCCUCCUGGGCUUCCUUUGCCUGGCCUCCGCCAUGGACUUCCAGGCCACCGACUCGGCGUCCCUUGCGCGGGCCAUCGCCUCGGCCAACAAGCUCACGGGCGCGCACACGAUCAUGAUCGGAGAUGGGCGCUCGAACGUCCUGAUCCACCUGGAUUCCGACCUGCCUGCCAUCACCCGGUCGGGCACCAACGUGGGUGUUGGCAUUGAAGCCGUACUCAAGGAGGGCAGCUCCAUCACUCACAACUUUGUAUAUGGUAGCCAGGACUCCGGCAUCAUUCUGCGCAGCCCUGUGUCGGGUUGCCCCGCCAGGGUCCUGGUGGCGAGCAACCACAUCGGAAUGUCGCCCGUCCUGCUCGCCGACGGCAACAAGGGCCACGGCAUCUUCAGUUCCGUGCCCGUGACUUUGUUCAACAACACCAUCGGCGGGAGCGGCCGGUGGGGCAUCAUGCUGAGCAGGGAGCCCGACGCGUGUCCCACGACGUGCCACAUCUACGGCAACCAGGUGGGCGCUUCGCGUUCGCUGAACAAGUGGUGGUUGAAGAACAUGGAGGGCGGCUUGCGCGCCCGCAACAUGCGCAUCGAGACCCAAGGUCCCCAUGGCGAGCAGCAACGUACGUGUAACCCCCCGCGGAACGUGUUCGAUUCGAAUGCGGUCGGCGUGAGCAUUGAGGCCGAGGCCAAGAGCUGCCUCGUGGAGUCGAACCAGAUCACCGCCGGCGAUGUUGGCAUCCGCGUUGCGGGCCACCCGGACGUUGAUGCGGAACACCGCAUCCAGAACAACCAAAUCAGCAACUGCGGCCGCCAGGGCGUCCUCAUCGACACCCCUGCCAAGAUGACCAUCGACAGCAACAGCAUCGGCACCAACGUGGGUGUUGGCAUUGAAGCCGUACUCAAGGAGGGCAGCUCCAUCACUCACAACUUUGUACAUGGUAGCCAGGACUCCGGCAUCAUUCUGCGCAGCCCUGUGUCGGGUUGCCCCGCCAGGGUCCUGGUGGCGAGCAACCACAUCGGAAUGUCGCCCGUCCUGCUCGCCGACGGAAACAAGGGCCACGGCAUCUUCAGUUCCGUGCCCGUGACUUUGUUCAACAACACCAUCGGCGGGAGCGGCCGGUGGGGCAUCAUGCUGAGCAGGGAGCCCGACGCGUGUCCCACGACGUGCCACAUCUACGGCAACCAGGUGGGCGCUUCGCGUUCGCUGAACAAGUGGUGGUUGAAGAACGUGGAGGGCGGCUUGCGCGCCCACAACAUGCGCAUCGAGACCCAAGGUCCCCAUGGCGAGCAGCAACUCAACAUCUUCGCCAACAACGGCGGCGACAGAGGACUCUUUAUCGAGGGUGCCCGUGAUCACGUCAUCACCAACAACUGGGUCGGUUGGGACGGCGCCAACCUGCUGGCCGGACAUCCCGGGCAGGGCAUCAUGCUUGCCAACACCGACGGCGUGCUGGUCUCGAACAACAUCGUGGUGGCCGGCGGUGACGGAAUCUACGUCGACAACGUGCCCAACGCGACCAUCCGCAACAACAAGCUGGGCGUGACUGCCACCAUGUUGAGCAACGACAACACGGUCAACGGGUGCGGCAUCAAGGUCAACGCGCCUGUCUGGAACGCCACCUACGUGACCCUCAUCGCGGACAACGCCAUCUCGUGGAGCAAGGACUCCUCGAUCUCCGUCACCGGUGGAGGCGCGCACUCCAUCACCGGCAACACCCUCGUCGAGCCCACCGGCCUCGCGAACAAGGAGCACGUGCUUGGCAUCAAGCUCGAAUAUGUGGACAACGUGAUGGUCAGCGACAACGUCAUGGACGCGCGCCACGUCGACAUCUACACCAACUACGCCCGCGGCGUGCUGCUGCGUAGCAACAGCGCACCGGUCACGCGUUGA